CAGCCACGCCGCGUACACGCCCCUUCCUUGCUUCCCAAGCUGCAUCAGGCCUUUGUGUUUCACUUCCGGCCAGUAGCUCUUUUCUUCCGCUUCUCUAUGGUCGUGAUCCGGAAGUGGCUGCCUGGCUGGAAGGCGUGAGGACCAUUGUGUUCUCUGACCUGGAAGAGCAACAAUGUCAUCAGAAUCCAGCAAAAAACGGAAACCCAAAGUGAUCCGAAGUGAUGGAACCCCAAGCGAAGGGAAACGAAAUCGAUCUGACACUGAGCAGGAAGGCAAAUACUACAGUGAGGAGGCUGAGGUUGACCUGCGGGACCCUGGCAGAGACUAUGAAUUGUACAAGUAUACUUGCCAGGAGCUACAAAGGUUAAUGGCCGAGAUCCAGGACCUGAAGAGCAAGGGCAGCAAGGAUGUGGCUAUUGAAAUUGAAGAACGAAGGAUCCAGAGCUGUGUGCAUUUCAUGACUCUAAAGAAGCUUAACCGAUUAGCCCACAUCAGGUUAAAGAAAGGAAGAGAUCAGACCCAUGAGGCCAAGCAGAAAGUUGAUGCCUACCACCUGCAGCUUCAGAACCUGCUCUACGAAGUGAUGCACCUGCAGAAGGAGAUCACCAAAUGUCUAGAGUUCAAGUCCAAGCAUGAAGAAAUUGAUCUGGUCAGUUUAGAGGAAUUUUAUUCAGAGGCUCCACCAAACAUCAGCAAGGCUGAAAUCACCAUGGGAGACCCUCACCAACAGACCUUGGCACGUUUGGACUGGGAGCUGGAGCAGCGGAAAAGGCUGGCCGAGAAGUACCGAGAAUGUCUGUCCAACAAGGAGAAGAUCCUGAAGGAGAUUGAGGUGAAGAAGGAGUAUCUGAGCAGCCUCCAGCCUCGACUCAACAGCAUCAUGCAGGCGUCCCUCCCAGUGCAAGAAUACCUGUUCAUGCCAUUUGACCAGGCACACAAGCAGUAUGAGACUGCCAGGCAUCUGCCACCUCCCCUCUAUGUGCUGUUUGUGCAGGCCACUGCAUAUGGGCAGGCCUGUGAUAAGACGUUGUCUGUGGCAAUUGAAGGCAGUGUGGAUGAAGCCAAAGCUCUCUUCAAGCCCCCUGAGGACUCUCAAGAUGAUGAGAGCGACUCCGAUGCUGAGGAGGAGCAGACCACGAAACGGCGUCGACCCACACUUGGGGUUCAGUUGGAUGACAAGCGCAAAGAGAUGCUGAAAAGGCACCCACUGUCUGUCUUACUUGAUCUGAAGUGCAAAGACAACAGUGUGCUUCAUCUGACUUUCUACUAUCUCAUGAACCUCAACAUCAUGACAGUGAAAGCCAAAGUGACAACCGCGGUAGAGCUGAUCACCCCCAUCAGUGCAGGAGACUUGCUGUCUCCUGACUCGGUCCUGAGCUGCUUGUAUCCUGGAGACCAUGGAAAGAAAACUCCAAAUCCAGCCAAUCAGUAUCAGUUUGAUAAAGUUGGCAUCCUGACUCUGAGAGACUAUGUACUUGAGUUAGGUCAUCCCUACUUGUGGGUACAGAAGCUGGGUGGCCUCCACUUCCCCAAAGAGCAGCCCCAGCACACAGUGAUAGCAGACCACUCACAGAGUGCCAGCCACAUGGAGACCACCAUGAAACUGCUGAAGACCAGGGUACAGUCUCGCCUGGCUCUCCACAAACAGUUCGCAUCUCUAGAACACGGCAUUGUGCCAGUUACCAGUGACUGCCAGUACCUCUUCCCUGCCAAGGUUGUUUCUCGCCUGGUAAAGUGGGUAAUAAUUGCCCAUGAAGAUUACAUGGAGCUGCAUUUCACUAAGGACAUAGUAGAGGCUGGACUGGCUGGGGACACCAAUCUCUACUACCUGGCGCUUAUUGAAAGGGGGACAGCUAAACUUCAGGCUGCUGUGGUAUUGAACCCGGGCUACUCCUCCAUCCCACCCAUUUUCCGACUCUGUCUAAACUGGAAAGGGGAGAAAACCAACAGCAAUGAUGACAAUAUUCGGGCUAUGGAGAGUGAAGUCAACGUGUGCUAUAAGGAACUGUGUGGCCCUCGGCCCAGCCACCAACUCUUGACCAACCAGCUGCAGAGGCUGUGUGUGCUGCUGGAUGUCUACCUGGAGACGGAGAGCCAUGAUGACAGUGUAGAGGGCCCCAAGGAAUUUCCCCAGGAGAAGAUGUGCCUGCGGCUUUUUAGGGGUCCAAGUAGGAUGAAGCCAUUUAAAUAUAACCAUCCUCAAGGAUUCUUCAGCCACCGAUGAUGUCCCUUUCUACCUCUCAUUCCCCAAAGCCCAACCCUGGGUCCUGUGUCUCUGCUCUUUGCUCUGGCCACAUGUAAUUCUUGAUAUUUUCCAAAAACACCAGCUGAUUAAAAUGUUACCUGGCCAAAUA